AUGACACAGAGGACAGCUUUGGACGAGGUGGAUGCCAAGGGCAGCUUCAAGAGGACGGAUGCCACCUAUCGCAAUGUCAUUGAGGAAGGUGGUCGCUUUGAGCCCGCGUGGGGCCGCUACCAUUUGUACGUGGCACUCGCGUGUCCGUGGGCAGACGGGGCCCUGGCAGCGCUGUACAUGAAAGGCCUCGAGCAUGUCAUCAGCCACAGCGUGGUCCACCCAACUUGGCAGAGAACUCGGCCGCAGAACCCCGGUGACAUGCAUUGCGGAUGGGUGUUCAGAAAUCCUGGCGACCCACCACUUGCAAACAGUCUAGGCUAUGGCCAGUUUGAGUGUGAUGAUGCGUUACUUCCCGACAUCGUGAACAAUUGCAAGUUCGUGAGAGACUUGUACGAGAAGUCCAACGACAAGACCGGCAAGUACAGCACGCCUGUGCUCUGGGACAAGCGAGAAGGCACCAUAGUGAACAACGAGUCGAUGGACAUCCUGAAGAUGUUCAACACGAAGUUCAACAAGUUUGCCAAGAACCCAGAGUUGGAUUUGUUUCCGGCGCACCUUGCCAAAGUGACGGAGGAGGCGAAUGCGUGGAUCUACCCAAACAUCAACAACGGCGUCUACAGAUGUGGCUUUGCCAAAACCCAGGAGGCAUACGACAUAGCCGUGAAGGAUUUGGCCGCAGCUCUUGACAAAGCGGAGAGCCUUCUGUCCAAACAGCGCUAUGUGGCAGGCGAUAGCUUCACGUUUAUGGAUCUCAGACUCUUCAUGACCCUCGUACGCUUCGACCCUGUCUAUGUGGUUUACUUCAAGACCAAUGUGGGCACCAUCGAAAGUAACUACCCGAACCUGUUCAACUACAUCAAGGACAUUUACCAAUAUCCAGGCAUGUCAAAGGCCAUCAACAUGAAGCACAUCAAGAUGCACUACUUCACCUCACAUCCCGACUUAAACAAGUUUGCAAUUAUCCCAAAGGGCCGUGACGUGGACUUGAGUGGGCCUCACAAUCGGGGAAAGACUAGCGCCCCGAGUGACGUGUCAUGCUGGGCCAAGAUCUUGGACUUCUUUUCGGGGCGAAAGUGA